AUGACUAUGAUCUCUGAUCUUUCGAAGGAUUUGGUAGAGGAGAUACUCUCUAAGGCUCCGAUAACUUCUCUUGGAGCCGUGAGAUCCACUCACAAACAAUGGAACGCCUUAUCCAAAGGUCGGCUGUUGUAUAAAGCGGAAGCGAAGGAUCAGUUUCUAGGGUUCAUGGUGAUGGAUCAUAGGUUUUUAUCAAUGAUAUUCCAUCUCAAUGGAAUUCUAAAAGGAGACGGUGAAGGCUUUGAUCGUCCAUCUAUCAGGGAGGUAGGUGAUAUAGUUAAUCAAAUCGACAUCUCUAAAGUGUUUCAAUGCGAUGGUUUAGUGUUGUGCGUUCCAAGUGACAACUCUAGUGUUGUGGUUUGGAAUCCGUAUUUGGGUCAAACCAAGUGGAUCGAAGCAAGAGAACCUCACGACGAAUCAGACAUGUUUGCUCUCGGUUACGACAAGGACAAGAACCACAAGAUCUUGAGGUUGUACGAUGAGUGUUAUUACUACUACGAAGUUUACAAUUUCAAGACAGAAUCAUGGGGGGAAGAAGAUCACCUUCCAGGCUGGGAUAUAGAUUCUUAUAACCGCGGCGUAUCCUUAAAUGGAAAUACGUACUUCUUGACUCAAGAGCAAAGAGCAAAAGAUAAGUAUCGUGUUUUCUUGCUUUGUUUUAACUUCACAACGGAGAAGUUUGAAAAUUUUAUUGCUAUGCCGUUUAAGUAUCAUAGGAAAUACGUUGGAACACUUUCUUGUGUUGGAAAUGAAAAACUAGCGGCUCUAUAUCAGCGCUGGGAUACAGGCGAGAUGGCCAUAUGGGUAACCACUAAGAUUGAGUCCAAUGAGGUGUUGUGGAGCAACUUGUUUAAAGUUGAUAUGAAACCACUCGUUAGGUUUGGCUUUCAACAAUGUAAAGAUGAAGCUGGCAGUUUUUUCAUUGACGAAGAGAAGAAACUCGCGGUGGUUUUUAAUCUAGAUAAAAAACGUGGUAAAAGGAAUAACAAGACACGUUGUUACCACACAGCUUACAUUAUUGGAGAGAAGGGAUACUUGAAAAAAGAGGUUCUUGGAGAAGCUGUGGAGGUCCGAAAAGACGUGUAUCGGAGCGCACUUGUGUGUUCUAGCUCUUAUGUUCCAAGUUUAGAGAAGAUCAACCAAAUUGAAGAGGAAGAGGAAGAUAAGUGCAAAUCAAUCAAAAUGGUGGACACAAAAAGGCAACGUAAGAAGAGGAAGAGGAAGAGCAAAAGGUAA